AUGGGUGACUACUCGAAAGCACUUGAAUUUCAUGAAAAAUCACUUAAAAUAAGAGAAAAAGUUCUACCUCCGAAUCAUCCUGACUUGGGCACUUCCUACAACAACACGGGCCAAGUGUAUAACAACAUGGGUGACUAUUCGAAAGCACUUGAAUUUUACGAAAAAGAUCUAGAAAUUGCGAAAAAAGCACUACAUCCGACUCAUCCAGAUUUGGCUAUUUCCUACAACAACAUCGGUCAAGUGCAUAACCACAUGAGUGACUAUUCAAAAGCACUUGAGUUUUACGAAAAAGCACAUAAAAUCUUCGAAAAAGCUCUACCUUCGAAUCAUCCCAAUUUGGCUAUUUCAAAACAUGAUAUUGGCUGUGUGUAUGAAGAUAUGGGAGAAUAUUCGAAGGCAAGUCAAUUUUAUGAGCGUGCCGUUGAAGUUGCACAACUUUCACUGCCGUCAAAUCAUGAGCAUCUUCAAUUAGUACGUAUUCGAUCUCUUGAUGAUGAUAUGUUCGAUUGA